AUGACAUCCCAAAUAAUCGAACAAUUGCAAGCAUGCAAAGUCAGUACACUUAAUCAAAUUGCACUCUUAUGUGGAACUCCAAUCCUUUCAACUACAAAAUCUCACCGAAUUCAAAACAUUGUUUCUGGAUAUAAUUUCUAUCAAAACCAUAUUCCCAAGAGAUCGGAUAGAACUACACUCGCUAUUGACGUAGGUAUUAAGAAUUUUUCCUAUUGUAAAUCGAUUGGUUCUACAUUUCCUUUAAAAAUCAAGAAAUGGGAUAAGAUAGAUUUGAAUGAACGAUAUGGAUCCAAUUAUACUCCUUUGAUUGAACCUAAUUCGUUACUUGAUCAAAAACGCUAUUUAAAUUAUAUAGGAGAUAGUUUAAUCAAUGAUGUAUUGAAGCCCUGGGACGAUUUGGUGGUGAUGGAAACUCAGAGAACUCGAUCAAAUAAGAAUACUUCCACGUUGCCAAAUGUUCUUUUGAAUUAUAAUCUCGAGAAUAUCAUCAUUAAUAAAACAUAUCCUGGUUGGGUUCUUCCCAUGACUUCGGCAAAAAUGAUUGGAUUUUGGUUUAGUCGAUUCAUAGAUCCGAAAUCCACAUCUCUUAUGAAGAAGGAUAAUAAGAUAUUGAGAAGGGAAUUGGUGUAUAGUUGGAUAGAUCGAUUGUAUGUAUUGCCCGGGUUUGACUCUAACAAAAUUAAUGACAAAGGCGAAUUGUUGACACACCUUGGGAUUAAUACAAAAGAAAAGACGGAUGACUUGAUUGAUAGUUUAUUAUACAAUCUAACUAUAAAUUCCCAUAUGAUCAACUUAAAAGAUUUUCAUGAUUGGAUUAAGAACGAGAAAGGAGAUUUAACUGAGUUUGUUAAUAUGAAAAACCAAGCCCAUAUUGAGUUGAUACAGUUUGCGUUAGAUAAGUACAAAUUAAAAUUGAGGGAUAUAUGA